GUUCCUUUUUCAAUCCAAAGUUAUCUCUUCCUUUUGAUUCUUCUAUUUAAAUCCUUUGUCCUUUACUAUCUUUUCUUUUUCACUUGUCUCUCUCUCCACUCUUUAACCCGCCCGGCUAAAACAAAAAAAUCUCAGUCAAACAAAAUUCAUCAGAAAUUUUUCAAAGACGACGGCUUCUUUUAAAUUAAUCGAAGUUGAUCAUCAUUCGUCUCCUCUCUCCUUGAGAGUGAGGAGAGAUCUUUAUUUAUGUCCAAAUCUGAUUCGUCGUCUCUAGCUUCCCUCAAAUAGCUCCAAGUUUUAUGCUUUUGCUCACUUUCUGCUAACAAAUAACCUUGGAGACUGAGGUUUCCACUGGGUCAUAUUGUUCCUGGUGACCUUAACAGGAUUCAAGACAUGGCUAACCGAACAGACAACUCCAAUCGCUGUUCGAAUGGUAAAAAGCUGAAUGAUGGAAUGAAACUCAUUAUAGCAACAUUCAUAGGAGUAGUUAUUGGUUUCUUCUUGGGGAUAUCUUUCCCUACUUUGUCACUUACCAAAAUUAAUUUCCCCUCUACCAUUCUACCUUCUGUUGAUAUUGCUUACGUUGAAGACGAGACACCAGAAACAUCGAGCGAAACGCUUUUGCACACAUGGUCUUCUAGGACUCCGUCACAUAGGGCUAAUGCAUCACACUGGAAGAUUUGGGUUCCAUCUAAUCCCCGAGGUGCAGAGAUGCUCACUCCUGGUAUCGUUGCACCUGAAUCAGACUAUUACUUACGCAGACUCUGGGGUUUACCUGAGGAGGAUAUACCUGUGAAGCCAAAGUAUCUCAUUGCCUUUACAGUUGGUUUAAGUCAGAGAGUAAACGUUGAUGCUUGUGUCAAGAAGGUAAUCUCUUAUGCCGGCUCUCACCUUCCUUCCUGCUUAAAGCUUAAAGAGUCUUUUCUUCUUUAUUAUCCGCAGUUUUCAGAAGAUCUGUUCACCCUUGUUCUGUUCCAUUACGAUGGAAGAACCACUGAAUGGGACCAAUAUGAAUGGUCUAAGCGCGCAAUACACGUCAGCGUGCCAAAGCAAACCAAAUGGUGGUAUGCUAAAAGGUUUCUGCAUCCUGAUAUCGUGGCACCUUAUGACUACAUAUUCAUCUGGGAUGAAGAUCUCGGCCUUGAACACUUCAAUGUAGAAGAGUACAUUAGGCUUAUAAAGAAACACGGUCUAGAGAUAUCGCAGCCUGGUGUGGAGUCUGAGAAAAAGAUCACAUGGGAGAUAACUAAGAGAAAAACCAAAGGAGAAGUUCACAAGGAUGCCAAGGAGAAACCUGGUCGAUGCAAUGAUCCUCACUUGCCUCCUUGUGCAGCGUUUAUAGAGAUUAUGGCUCCUGUAUUCUCAAGAGACGCCUGGCGUUGCGUUUGGCAUAUGCUUCAGAACGACUUGGUUCAUGGUUGGGGUCUUGAUUUUGCACUUCGUAAAUGCGUAGAGCCUGCACAUGAGAAGAUAGGAGUUGUGGAUUCUCAAUGGAUCAUUCAUCAGACUGUUCCUUCUUUAGGCAGCCAGGGAGAGGAACACGACGGUGUAGCAGCGUGGCAAGGGGUGAGAGACAGGUGUAAAAGGGAAUGGACGAUGUUCCAAAGCAGAAUGGCGAGUUCCGAGAAGAUGUAUCUGAAGGAACUUGCAGCCGCUUCUUCAAACUCUACCAUUCCUUAAAAGUAACAAACAGAAAGACAAAGUGCGGGCUGGAAUCAAAACCAAGACGGUUGUAGCAAAAGUCCAUAAAAGUUCUUUUUUUCUUACUGUUCAUAUGAUGAUAAUGAUUAAGCAAAUUCAAACUUGUAAUUUUACACACAGGACACAUUUUUCAAAUAGAACAAUGAGAGAUUGUUGAUUGUUUUUCA